AUGUCGGAUCAUUCUGAUAAUGAAGAAGACGAUGAUUAUCGUUAUGGAAUUGAUUUAGAUGACGAUGAAUACGAUGUUCGACCAACUGUUAUAUUAAUGGGAUUGAAAAGGUAAUUUUGAAUUUUUCUGCUGAAAUUCAAGCGAAAUAUGUUUUAGAAGUGGUAAAACAUCAAUCCGCAAGGUUGUUUUUCAAAAAAUGUCGCCAAAUGAAACAAUGUUUGUUGAAUCCACACCAAGAAUAACAAAAGAUCGUGAGUUUUCUUGAAAUUUUUAAAAUAUUAUUUUUAGGUGAAUUUAGACUUGCUGAUCACAAUAUCGUUGUCAAAAACUGCAUAUAUAUUCUGUGAAUAUGAUUUAUGACAGGUUGAAGUUUGGAAAUUCAUGAAUACUAGUUUAAAAAUAGGUUUUUUUAAAUGAACAUUUGAUAGUUCAGGCCUCAUUUAAGAAUGUCGAUUAUCAUGAACAAUAAUUUUCAUUAAUACCAUUUCUUUGCUUGUAGUCAGAGGUUUUCAGACUUCCACGUCAUAAUUCAUAUUCAAAUUUUAGGUAAACAGUUUUUGAUAACGUGGUCGCGAUCAACUAAUCCUUUAGAAAACCUUCAGAAAAGUUAUAUUUUCAUCAAAAAUCUCAAUUAUUUCGCAGGAAUUUGCUCGUCAUUCAUCAACUUCGAAACCAUAGAAUUUCCCGGUCAAAUGAGCCCAUUUGACUCGGAACUCGAUGCUCGCGCUACUUUCAAGACUUGUGGUGGGUUCUUUGGUUUUUUCUUCUUCAAAAAAUCCUGAAAACAAACUUUCCUUCGGAAAAUCGCGGGAAAAAAAAUGAUUAGAUAACACGGAAAAAAAGGUCAAUUUAUCUAUUUAUCAAUAAUUGAAAUUUAUCAAUCAAAUAGAGAAAAAAUUGCAGAGAAAGAGAAAACUCGAAAGGAUUUCAGUAUAUCAGAAUUCAGAGGUUUGGUAUUGAUCAAGCCUUUUAUUUUUAUUUAUUUGAUGUUUUUUCUCUAAUAAUGGAAAAAAGGUUUUUUUGACUUGAACUUGGGGUUUUUGGAAUUUUAUUGGAGUUUGUGCCCGAUUUUUCUUUCGAAAAAUGUCUUCCAAAUACAAUUAUCCAGAAAGAAAAUUUCGAAAAUUCCUAAUUUUAUUGAAAACCCCGAUUUCAAAUUCAAAAAUUACCCUUUAUUUCAUCCAAACAAAACUCACUAACAAAAAUGCUGAAAGCUUUUGAUGCUUUUAUUUUUUCUGUUGUUUUUUCAGAGACCAUCUACUUUUUUGUUUUUCGAAAACUCAUAUUAAUUUUCAGGAGCUCUUCUUUUCAUUAUCGAUGCUCAAUCAGAUUAUAAUGAUGCAAUGACGACAGUCGCCGAUUAUUUUGUGGAAGCUUGGAAAAUUAAUAAAGCAAUCAAAUUCGAGGUUUUUGUUCAUAAAGCAGAUGGAUUGACUGAGGAAAGUCGAGUCGAGACUAAAUUUCAUAUUUAUCAUGCGGUAAGGAUUUUGAAAUUAGAUGAAUUCGGGUUUCAAAACUUUUGUCGGAAAGGUUCAACAAAGAGACUUCCAACAAACUUUAAAAUUCCAGUGGUUUUUUUUUACUAGUUGAACACAAUUUUGUUAUGGGGCUAUUCAGCGAUUUUAUCAUCACGCUGAGAAAACCAUUUUCUCAACCGUUUUUCUAUUUUCUCAGCUGUCCUGAAUGAGUUUUAUCAACCAAUUCAGCGUUGAGAAAAUACGUUGAAUAGCCGAAUUUUCAACUUCUGUUGGCUCAACAUGAGUUAUGACGGAAAAUCUUCUAAGUGUAACACGUCAGAACUAAUUGGAUUUUUGGAGAUUUCAAGCAUUUUAAAAAGUUUCUUCAAAAUCUUCAUUUUGUUGGAACUUCUCAAAAUGUUUUACAUAAAUGUUAUCCAUUUUUUCUCCUGGAUAGCGAAAAAUUUGAGCUUCACCUUGAUUAACAGAAAAACGUUUUUUUAACAAAAAUCACGAAUCUUGAAUAACUCAAAGUACACUUUUCUUAUCGCAAAAAAAUCGACAGCACAAAAAAUGGCUCAACAGAAAUAUAUUUAGAAAUUUUUAAAGGGGCCGAAACUAAACUUCUCUCAACCCAAUUACAAGAAAAUCUCGAAAAUACCUUGAUCUCGAAAAAACAUAAGUUCAAGUUUUUAGAAAUUCCCUACCAUGAAAUCCUGAUAAUUUUUUCAGGUUCGCGAAAUGAUCAAAGAUAAGCUCGAAUACAAUCAAGAAAAUGUGGAUUCAAUUACUAUUACUUAUCAUCUGACCUCAAUUUACGAUCAUUCGAUUUUCGAAGCGUUCUCAAAAGUUGUCCAGAAUCUUGUCAAGCAAUUGCCAACAUUAGAGAGAUUAUUAGAUAUCUUCAAUCAGGGUUCAAAUGUUACCAAAUCCUUCCUUUUCGAUAUUGUUUCAAAGAUCUACGUAGCCACUGAUUCGGAACCAGUUGAAAUGAACAUAUACGAAUUGUGUUGUGAUAUGAUCGAUGUAACUUUGGAUAUAUCGUCAAUUUAUGGGUUGGUUUCUUUAUCAGAAUUUUUUCAAACGAAAAUUUAUUCUUUUCAGAAGUGGUGAUAAUAAGCAGCCGUUUGAUGACUCUUCUGCUGCAAUAAUUCGGCUAAGAUCCGAACAAGUUUUAUUCCUUCGACAAAUCAAUAAGCAUUUAGCUUUAGUUUAUAUUAUGAAAGAGGAACAUUUCGAUAAGCAAGGGUAUAUUGAUUACAAUUUCAUGUGUUUCAAAGAGGGAAUCGAGAAGGUGUUUUUGAUGAAGAACAAAAACGGUAUCAGAGAUUCAUGA